GCGUCAAGUUCGUCCCACCAUCGUCCUCUGGACCUGCUAUGACGACGUCUAUUGAAGUUAUGAGAGCUCUACUCAGUAACCUUUGUUAUGGUCACCACCUCUACCAUGAUGAGUUAUUUUUGACCAAAGACCAAAAAUCUCUGAUAGCAGUAAAAGUGAGAAAAAUUAACCUAACUGUGUUCCAGGUGAGUCAAUUCGGCGGGUCUGCGUGGGAAUGGAGCGAAAAGAGAGGACAAUACUACCUUCAUCAGUUUGCGGUUGAACAAGCAGACUUCAACUUCAGAAAUCCAGCCGUCAAACAGGAGAUGUUUGAAAUUAUGAAGUUUUGGUUGGAUAAAGGCGUUGAUGGCUUCAGAGUUGACGCGCUUCCAUACCUGAUAGAAGCAGAUCCAGCCGACCAUGGUGGAAAGUACCCUGAUGAUCCUCUCAGUGGACUGGCGCAGUUCGAAUCACAUCAGCUAGGCUACACAAUUCCUCUGUACACCAAAGACUUAAUUGAAUUGUAUGACGUCGUGUACGAAUGGAGAGAGUUUAUCGAUGAGUACAAUAAGGAGCAUGGAGGAGAUACCAGGGUUAUAUUCUCAGAAGGAUAUGCCAACAUAACCAUGACUAUGUUGUACUAUGGAAAUGAGGAAGGAAAGAUUGGCGCCCAUUUCCCGUUCAAUUUUGACUUCAUCACCGACGUAUCAUCUAAGUCUAAUGCGAGGGACUUUGUCUACACCAUACUGAAAUGGCUCACCUACAUGCCUUAUGGAGCAGUAGCUAACUGGCAGUUCGGUAACCACGACAACAACAGAAUGCCGACGCGGUUCCGUCACGACAUGGUGGACGGUCUCAACUCUCUGAACAUGAUGCUG